UUUUCGCUCGCACGAAAGAAGCAGUGAUAAAAUGGCCGUCGGGGCCAACUGACUUUGUUCCGUUCGUCUCGGCAGUCGUUUGCAAUUUUCCUGCUGGUGCUUCAUCUCACAACAAAUUAAAGAAACAAUUCAACACGGUGCUAACUAAUAACAUCCACCGCGACACAACAUUCAUUCAAUACACCUACGUUUAGUGAUACUAAUUCUGUCGUUGCUCGGCGUUAUCAUCAACAAUAAUCAGUGACUUGUGAAAAGUGUGCACAAUUUGGGAUGCUAAUAUACAAAUACAACAAAAAUUAAGGAACUCACGGAGUAUUCAUUAUCAUCGAGCAGACAUCGCGAGGUGAAUCUCGCACGAGCGGCACGCUUAACGAAAAGGUAUGCAACCCGUUCUACACUAUCAAAAGUAUCCAAACUUUUUUCAUUGAAAAUGAACCUCCUGGUGCACCUUUACUGACCUAGACAGCGAGCAGCACAUCGACGCCGACGUCAUGGGUAAUUGCUUGUGCUGCGCCCAGAAGCGGCCGCGGCAUCGACAGCAGCAAACGUUCAUCGGACUCAAUCCGGGCCUCGAAGGCAAAUUGAAUAAUAUAUUGGAGCAGAAUCCACGCUACACGCCGGAUCCGCAGCGCAGUCAUGCAGACAUCAUUCGGACGAAGCACACGCCGACGCGCAACAAUCAAAUCUCCAAGACGCGCAUCGUCGUCGCCGUCUACGACUACAAGGAGCGCGAUGUGAGCGACGUCUCCUUCAAGAAAGGCGACCGCAUGGAAGUGAUCGACGACUCUGACGGCGACUGGCUGAACGUCAUUCACUUAACCACUGGCGAGCAAGGAUUUAUUCCUGGUAAUUUUGUUGCUCCUGAAUUGAGCGUCGAGAGCGAAGAUUGGUUCUUUGAGAAUGUAUCGCGUAAAGAAGCAGAUAAGCUGCUGUUGGCCGAGGAAAACGCAAGGGGAACCUUCCUCGUACGUCCAUCCGAGCAUAAUCCACACGGUUAUUCACUAUCCGUGAAGGACUGGGAGGAGAUGCGCGGCUAUCACGUCAAGCACUAUAAAAUCAAGCCGUUGGAUAACGGCGGCUUCUACAUUUCGACGAACAAGACAUUCCUCACCCUCUCCGAGUUGGUGCAAGCAUAUUCACGCAAUGCAUUCGGAUUGUGUCACGUUCUCUCGAAGCCGUGCCCCAAACCACAGCCGCAGAUGUGGGACCUUGGCCCGGCGUUCCGCGACGACUGGGAGAUUCCUCGCGAUGAGAUCAAGUUGAUCAAACGUUUGGGCAGGGGUAACUUCGGUGAGGUUUACUACGGCAAGUGGCGUGAUUCGAUUGAAGUCGCUGUGAAGACGCUGCGGGAAGGCACCAUGUCCACAGCGGCGUUCUUACAAGAAGCUGCGAUUAUGAAGAAGUUCCGGCAUAAGCGACUAGUUGCUCUUUAUGCUGUUUGCAGUAAGGAGGAGCCGAUUUAUAUCGUGCAGGAAUACAUGUCGAAAGGCAGUUUGUUGGACUUUUUACGAAAGGACGAAGGUAAAACCUUGGAUUUCGAAGAUUUGAUUUAUGUCGCCUUCCAAGUUGCCUCCGGCAUGGAAUACUUAGAGACGAAACAAUUAAUUCAUCGUGAUCUCGCCGCGCGUAAUGUAUUGAUCGGUGAGAACAACAUCGCGAAGAUCUGCGACUUUGGACUUGCGCGCGUUAUCGAAGAUAAUGAAUACUGCCCCAAGCAAGGAUCUCGCUUCCCUGUCAAGUGGACGGCGCCUGAAGCGAUUGUCUACGGCCGGUUUUCGAUCAAAUCCGACGUCUGGUCGUACGGUAUUCUACUGAUGGAGCUGUUCACGUUCGGACAAGUGCCGUAUCCGGGCAUGCAUGGACGUGAAGUCAUCGAACAAGUUGAGAAGGGCUAUCGCAUGCCCAAACCCACCUCGCAUUACCUGCCUGAUGAUAUCUACAAGAUAAUGCUGAGCUGUUGGGACAACAAGCCGGAGAAUCGGCCCACAUUCGAAUUCCUCACGCACUACUUUGAAGGAUUCAACGUGACAUCCGAGAUUCCCUACAGGGAGGUCCCUGAUUAAAACCAUCCCGCGUAAGCUGGGGUAUGAAACGAAGACGAUACAGAAACACGAAACGGAAUAUUUUUAACAGGGUUUUAAAUGAACAUGAUGAACAUCUUCUAUCUUUUUAUUAUUCUUAUUAGUAAACACACGAUUUUAAUGCCAAAUGAGGAAACACGAGGCGCAAAAAUAGUACAAGUCGAAGCCAGUCCUGUGUAUUUGUGUUUUUUUAAGCGAAUCGGUACUUAAGUGGUGCAGGGGGCGAGGGCGCGUCGCCCAUGACACUGAACAUGAAACCAAAACGUACAAGUCAUGUGAAAAACGUUCAUUAUCAUUAUUCAUUACGUCAUUUGAUGGGUUUUAGAGAUUUAUAGAUUUGCACAGCUGCUUUUCGACGUGUUUUUUUUUAUACGAUAGCUAUAUUAUACAAACAGAAAUCUUUACAACUUUUCGACGACUUUUUCUAAUGGCACACUGGAAGCAAAUGAAGAAUAAGCAGAGAAUCGCUGAGAAUUCACUUAAACCUUAAUGAAUAUUGUGUAAAGAUAGUUGGGAUGCGCGAAACAGGAACUUUGUAUAUUGUAUGUGAUGUGAACUAUGAUUAUUAUAGUUUAAUCUUAACACUGUAUAUUUAGCGAUGCUUUUUGUUUUCCGAAGAGAAAACGAAUAUAGCAUUCAUGUUUACAUUGCGGACGCGACACGAAAUUGACUUAAUCAAUUAGCAACUUCGAAACGUUUAUAAAGCUGUUUAGUUGAUUCGGUUACUUGAAUGAGUUAGCAAAUGAUGAUGUGAAUUAGCAGUGCAAUAAUCAAAUGAUUUCUUCGAUUUGGAAUCCGAGAAUAAUUCGCACAUUGGUGAAAUACUUUGGCAUAAUCUGUAUUUACUGAUAACGUUGUAGUCAUACAUUAGCAUAACUUGAAUCACAAUCAAACUGCAAAAAGGAAACGGAAACUUUUUGAUUGUGUUUCAAGUUGCCUACCUUCUUAUUCUAUUUAUUACCUAUAUUGUCGUGUGAUGCAAAACUUAUAAUGUGUAUUUGUGAUUGUGUACAACGUUACGACUGCAUUUCUUUAGCGAAUUCAAUGCAUACUCGAAGCAACAACCUGGGCGUGCAUAAACGGCACAACUUGUAGCGUCCAUUUUGUCAUAAAUCGUGAAGCAAACCGGGUAAACUUCGUCCAGAGGCAAGAAAACACGAAUAUUUUCAAUGAUUCACGCAAACAGAUAAAUAAUACAUCAACCAAAUAUAUGUUACAAUCAAUUACACACAGCCACACACCGAAUCACACACACACGCAAUGAACGAUAUGUGACACAUCUAAAUAGUCCUUUUAUUUUGUUGACAAAAUACAGGAAAUUGAAGGCGUAGGAGUACAGAGUGCAGGAAAAGAGUUGUAUGUUGUUGUGUAUAAGAAAAUGCCAUAGUUUAGGAUAUAAUAUGAAAUAAAACAAACAUUUUAUAGAACUUUCAUACCCUUCUAAGUAAGAUAUAAAGAGAUAAAUACGAAAAACUUUUGUAUAUAUAGGAAAAUUUCGAAAUAAAAUAUUGUGCUAUUCUACAA